AUGCUCUUGCAGGAACUCGAGCAAGCCUCUGCCAACCAGAAGGUUACUUUGUCGGUCGGCGGCAAGUCGAACGGCGAGAGCGCGACGCGCCGUCAAUCGACUGAAGCGGCGUCUCGAGAAGCGCAGUCCCCGACGCGCGACGGUCCUGGAACUUUAGGGUUGGGCGAAAGCAUCAGCGGAAGCGGGCGGAAGAGAGAGCAGGCGGAGCGGAGUCCGCUUGACGGCUUGCAGUUGGGGGCCGGGGGAGGAGGUUGCGGCGGUCAGGGGUUUUCGUUUUCCCCUGUCGGCAAUCCCGAGGGUCAUCAGAAGCGGCAGGAGACGAAUCCUGGGGGAUGCGCAGAUGGAGUGACUACACACAAUGUGACUAAAGGCGUGGGCAGUCGAGGAGACGGUCAGUACGUCGGGAGGAGUUCACUCGGAGGGGAGGAUGCUAGGGGUGUGAUUGAAACGAGACCGCUAGGAUUCGUGCGGGAGGAGAAGGAGAAGGAACCGUCGAAGGGCGAUGAGCGCGAGAGUGAGCGGGAGGGAGGCGAGGCGGCACGGGACGGGGUUAGGAGGGGAAGAGAGGGAGGAUGGGAGGGGUGGGAGAAGCUCGUGGGGUCAGGAAAUGAGAUUCCCGCGCACGAUCAGCAACAGCAGCCGCAUCGGGAUUUUGAGACGUCUCCGAACGACAAGGAGCAGCAGCAGCCGCCACCAUCGCAGAACGUAUUUGGCGGCGACGCGCAUCGGCCUGUGGAGUAUCGAGUCACGGCGUGCGAGGAGGGGCGCCGCCCGCCCGCGUGGAAGCCGGCGGGUUCCGCGGGGCACUUAAAGCCCGACGACGACCUCACUCUUAAAGCGUUCCUCAAGGGCGGCAAAAGGCGCCACGGGGGGAGUGCGGUGCGCGGCGCGCAGACGUGGCAGGCGGACAAGAUUGCGGACGCGUGGCGGGUGGCGGAGGGGCUUGCGGAGAUGGAGCGCGUGCGGCGGGAGCAGGCGGGUCGGGGCGCGCAUCCCCCUUCCGGUUCUGCAAAUGCCCCGCGCGUUAUCACUACUGCGACGGCUGUAACCGCCACACCGGCAGCGGCUGGUGCCAUUCAGCGUUUUCCAUCUGCGGACGGCCACGCCGCCGACUUCUCCCCUUACGCCAGUGGAGGCGCCGCCGUGAAGGCCAAUGGCGCGCCAGGGGGUGGGAUCGCCCGGAGCGACAGCGCGCGGAAGGGCAAAGCGGCGGUUGCGGACGAGCCUUGCGGGUUUGACCGGUGCGCCAGCAGCGAUUGCACGGGCGGAUCGUCGCAGGGGGAGAGCUCAAGGUCGCGCGGAGGGGGAAGGGCGCGCAGAGAGGGUAAGAGGCGCAAGGGUUCGCGCUUGUCGGGCGGAGGGGAGCGGAAGGGGAAGGUGAAGGCUGCUGGUGCUGCUGCAGGUGAUGCUGCUAUUGGUGUUGACGUUACUGCUCCGACCGAUUUGAGCAUUGGGGGGAAGGCGUCCGCGCCAGGCGCUAAAAGCGGAGGGGGGAGGGAGAAGCGCGGAGUAGAUGCGCGCGCUGACGUGGCAGGAAAGGUCGCGGCGCAGCAGAGCGAGAAGGCGAAGCAGAUGGAGCGGAACCUCAAGGUAGCUUCCGCGCAGCUUCUCACCCUGCAGAAAUGGGACGAGGGAUCAAGAGACCUAGCAGUGCGAUGGGCUGUAUGGCUCUUGAGGCUCAUCCGCAAAUCCGCCCCCACGCCCCCCCCGCCCUCUAUCCGCCUCCUCCUCUUCUCUUCCAUCCUCAUGACUCUCCCUCGGAUAGCCGACUCUCUCCUCCCCCUCACCUCCCUCCCGGGCCUCGCCUUCUCUCCAGUGUCAGCCUCGGCAGCAGGCUCGGUGAAAGGCUCGGCAGGAGGUUCGGUGGCCGAGGCGGUGAGGCAGAUGCUGCGGAGCGUGUGUGCGCUGGUGGGGGCGGUGGGGAGGAGUCAGGUGUGCUUCUCCUCCCUGCACUGGGAGAUUCUACAGGAGCCGUUGGAUCGAGCAGAGGAGCAGGGAGGAGCUCAUGCCUCCGGUGCUCCUGUGCCCGGUGCCCCUGCUCCUGCUCCUGCUCCUGCUCCUGCUCCUGCUCCUGCUCCUGCUCCUGCUCCUGCUCCUGCUCCUGCUCCUGCUCCUGCUCCUGCUCCUGCUCCUGCUCCUGCUCCUGCUCCUGCUCCUGCUCCUGUCGCUCCUGCCCCUGCUGCUCACCCACCGUCUACCUUGGAGUCUUCACAGCAUCACGGUUUGGACCUCGCUCUUUCCGCACCUGCAGAAGCAGCAGCUGUUCCUGUUCCUGCUCCUGCUACUACGCCCGCAGCUGCAACUGCCAACCCGCUCGCACACCAACCAGCGCCACCCCUGAACGCGCACUCGCAACGUGCAUUUGGGUCGGCGCAGAGGAGGCGGCAGAGGGCGGUGGAGCAGCAGGCCAAGGAGCUCUGCAGCGGGCUCUUCUCCCCGUACGGGCGGCAGGCCGUGUCUGGUAGCGGCGCCAGUAGCAAGCGAUCAGACGGUCCUCCUCCUCCCCUUCCUCCCCCUCAUGUUACUGCCGCUGCCGCCGCCGCUGCUGCUGAUGCUGCCGCUUCUCCCUCUCCUAGUGCAUCUGCCUCAGCAGCAGCAGCAGCAGCAGCGAGCAGUGGUCGCAUGGCCAAAGACACAGCAGCACCCAAGGAAGCAUCAGGAUCAGGGCAUAAGGGCACAGCAGCACGUGCAGGCACGUCGGUGUGGCUGGGAACCCCUCUGGCUGCUGGCAUGGGGGCGAAGAUCGCCGUGGGCGGCAGGGGCAGCGCCAGUGCUGUUUACCGCGAGCUGUCCUCCCGCUGUGGGUCCUCUGGGGGAUGGAAGAGCGGAGGGGAGGGGGGUGUGGGGGAGGAGGGGAUGGAGGAAGCAGCCAACGGGAGCAGCAGCGCAGGGCAGGGCACAGAGAUCAAGAUUGAGAUGGACGCGAACGGCUGUGAUGAUGCCGCGGCCACAGCCACAGCCUCUGGCGAAGAAGCAUGGGAGGGGGCCUUGGAUUCUGCUGUUGCAGCCAAGUGUGGGCCAACUCGCCCCUCUGUGUCUGCCUACGAGGAGAGGCAGGAGGAGGAAGAGGAGGAGCAGCAACUGCAGAGGCAAGAGCAGCAGCAGACGCAGCAGCGGCCGGAACAGCGGGAACAAGAGCAGGAGCAGGCACAGGAGAAUGCGCAGCAAGAAGGGGAAGUGGAGGACCAGAGACCGCAGCAGCGUGCGGGGAAGGAACGAGUGGGAUCAAUGGCAGAUGCUCCUGUCGCAGGCGCUGCUGCUUUAGGUGUUGUGACAGGAGCCGCAACAGGGACAGAGACAAUGGGAGCAGUGGGUACAGAUACCGCGGGGAGUGCAUACACACGCACGUUCACUCACACGGGAUGCACGUCAGGCAGCACAUGGAUGCAGGAGGGCGGGGAGGGCCCGCACAUGGUGUCGCGACCACGGUCCAGGAGGAAGAAGAUGGCCAAGCGCGAGUGA